CAUGUCAUUUAUGAUCAAAUCUGACACGUCGCGAUUCGACUUGACUAGCUUCUUCAUUGACCUCGACCAUCGAAACUUUCACCCAUAGGCGGAAAUGGUGCUGGCUUACCCUUUCUUAGCCUUGCUUCAUGCCAUUUACUCGCUCGUUAUAUUCUCGAUUUCGUUUUGCAGACAUAUUACCAGACCAACCCCGUCCGCUUUGAACGCUGCGCGCGGACGGCUGCCUAAACACCUUUCCAUUAUCUUCGUAUCAGAUGCGGAUUUUGACGAGCAGACCAAUGAGUAUUGUAUCAUGAAGAGCAUAUUCAGGGCGAUUAGUUGGUGCCAGCAGUUAGGGAUACCCCAGUUGUCGGUAUAUGAUGUUGAAGGGAUUAUUCUGAACAAUGUCGAAACAAUCAGAGAGGGUGUGGUAACCGAGAGUCCGUUCAAAGACUCAGAGUUCGACCGGAGACAUAUACAUUACCCGCCUACACCUCCAUCUUCAGAUUACUCUGAAUCCCGGCCACUAUCACCGCAGGAAGACGUGUCUGGAGGUCAUAUUCCUUUCCUUACCCUUUGUAUACCCCCCCUUCAGAGUGCUUCUCGAGCGUCGAAAACCCCGCAGUCAUUAACUCUUAACGUCUUAUCGCGGGAGGCCUCUAAGCCGGCUAUUGCUAGUGUAGCACGCGCAAUAGCCAGAACUGAACGUCGAAACUCCAAGUUUGGCGUAAAGGAUCAUGGUUUCAAGUUGUCUGUCAAUAAUUUAGAGAGUUACCUAGAAGAGAAAAAUGGACUGGCCCCUCCAGAUUUUAUGAUUAUACACCCUGUUCAUCCCUCAAAAUAUCAUAGAUCCCCUAUAGGGCUGCAUGGAUAUCCUCCAUGGCAAAUUCGAUUGACGGAGAUAUACUGUAAUAGGUUUCGAAAACAAUACGAAGCUAGAUUAAUGUGGUUUCUCCCCUCGCAUGUAAGCUCGACUCUUCUUUCGUCGAGUUUUACGGAGUGGGAGUUCCGGGAGGCGCUCGACCAAUUCGCGUCUGCUGAAUUCCGAUUAGGGAAGUAGAAGCCAGAAUACGGUCAAUGGAAUCUUACCUUGCACAUACCUAAAGCCCUGCCCAUGCUGAGUGGAUAUGUGUUAACACUUACAACGUAAUUUCGUAUACGUUAUAGCUAUCUCCACAUCGUCUGCUCU